AUGAAAUAUUCCCUCGUAAGUUUACUCUUUGUCUCUUUAAUAGUUCUAAAAACAAGUUCAUUAAAAUCUGAUGAAUAUAUUGAUGCAUUAGAAGAUUUAAUUAAAAAUGAAGAAUUUGUUGAAGAAUAUAGUUUAUGGUCAUUGAAAUUAUUUACAACAAAAGAUUAUAUUUAUGGACCAAAACCAAAAAAUUUUCCAUGUAAUAAAAAUUUACAACGAAAAGUAAAUGAUUCAAUAACAGUUCAUAGUCUUCUUCCAAAUGAUAUUCAAUGUGUUGGAGCAAUAGGUGAUAGUUUAACAGCUGCAUUAGGUGCACAUGCUUUAACACCAAUUGGAUUAUUUACAGAAAAUCGAGGUGUAUCAUGGUCUGCUGGAGGAGAUUAUUCAUAUAAUAAACUUAUGACAUUACCAAAUAUUCUUCGUGAAUAUAAUUCUCAAUUAAAAGGUUAUUCAACAAAAAGUUCAUUGAUUUUUGGUAAAGGUCAAAAUUCUUCACAUAAUGGUCUUAAUUGUGCUAAAUCUGGUGAUCGAUCUUAUCAUAUGAUUGAUCAAGCACAUAUUCUUUAUGAAAGAUUAAAUUCAAAUGAUAUUUGUAAUAUGAAAGAUGAUUGGAAAAUGAUUACAUUUUUUGUUGGAGGAAAUGAUUUAUGUAUAUUUUGUGAAGAUUUAAAUAAACAUAAUCCAGUAAAUUUUACAAAAUAUAUUGAAGAAACAUUAGAUUUUCUUCAUGCAAAUUUUCCUCGAACAUUUGUUAAUCUUGUUCUUGUUCUUGAUGUACGUUCAGUUGAAAAAUUAAAUGCUGGAGGAACUGUUUGUCGUUUAAUGCAUAAUAAAACAUGUCCAUGUGCAGCUUAUCCAAGUCCAGAUGAUAGAAGAACAUUACAAGAAUGGAUACCUUUAUAUCAUAAAAAUCUUGUUGAUUUAAUUAAUACUGGAAAAUAUGAUACAGGUGAUGAUUUUACUGUUGUUAUUCAACCAUUUAUGGCUCAUACACAAGUUCCAGUAGUUGAUGGAGAAAUUGAUUAUAGUUUUUUUGCUCCAGAUUGUUUUCAUUUUAGCGGUAAAGGACAUUCUCGUGCAUCACUUUCAUUAUGGAAUAAUAUGAUUGAACAAGUUGGACGUAAAAGAUGGGAAUGGCAUACUGGUGAAGAACUUGAAUGUCCAACUGAAGAACGACCUUAUUUUUCUACACGAUUAAAUUCUGCUCAAUCAUCUGAAGUUAUUCCUCAAAUUAAAAAAAAAAAACCUACAUUAAUUUAA